CGCGGUGGUUUUGCGUAAUUUACACCUCAGAAAUAAAAGGUACGCAAAUCCGAUCUCCUCCUCCCAGCGGCGAGCCAAUUCCAGAAAUCCCCUCCUCCCGGUGGCGACGCGAAGAACGCCGGCAUGAGCGUGUUCGGCGGCGACAGCUGGGGGCGUGAAUCGCAGCAGCGCAAGCGCCACCUCGACGACCUUAUGCUCCCUGCCUCGGCCUCCUCCCCGUCCGCCUCCGGCGGUUCAUUCAAGAGGCUCUCAAGUGGCAAGUUCGCCUGCCUCGUCUGCCCCCACCGCCCCGUCCUCGACUCCCCUCUCAUGCUCUCCAUGCACAAUAAAGGUUCACGGCACAUUGCAAUAGAAUCUAGGCUGAGGGAGAAAGAAUUGUCAAGGCAGCAAGAGAUAAACAAAAGACUGGCUCUUUCUUCAGAAGCUUCUGUUUCGCAGUAUGGUAAUCAACAUCCUGGUGUUAGGCCUAGUGAUAUGAAGGAAAAACCAUUAAUUGAGCAGACUCGAAGGGCUAUUUUGGAAGCACAAUCAAACAGAUCCAACAAUUUCAGUGCCACCAAGGAAUCUCGUGAUCUCGUGAGGAUGGAAAAUUCUUUGUACCCUUAUUUCCGAGUUGCUCCUUCCCGUGUCUCGUUGGAAAAAUGGACUGGAAAUACUGGGCCUGCUGAAUCUAAAAGCAGUGAAGGAGGACCCUCUAAUGGCAAUAAAAAACCAAGCAAGGUACUCUCAGAGUGUCAAAUAGAUCUAAAAAAACGCCAGGAACAAGAACUCAGGUUCACUGCUUCGGGAUGGAAACGGGACUGCCAUGGAAAAUGGUACAGAGAUGAAAAUGUUGAAUUUGACUCCGAUGAAGAUGAUCCUAACAUCUGUGUCGGUUAAGCAUACAAGAAGGCAUUCUGGAUGCUUCAGAAACCUUGAAUUGUCAUUUCAAUACCAGAUCAAAGACAAUCAAGCCCCUGAAAGACUGGUGCUCAUCUAUGGCCUCAGCCAGCAUGAUUGACUGGUUAAUUGUAAUGCAAGUAUCCUGUCUAACAAAUCAAUACAGCAUUGACGUUAAGGCCCCAUACUCUAUUCUAAACAUGGUCUGGACAUCACUUUGGUAAUACUAUAUAAAUGUUGGAGUUGACUUACACUGGUUUCUCGUGUAGCUACAAGCGGUUGAAAGGAACCAUAGCUUCUUUUUUGUACUCAUCUUUCGGACAUCGACGUGAUCUCAAAUUAUACGCAUUUGGUAACACACUACUAUCCAGAUGUGCUUUUCAUGACAGAGUUGAGUCAGGCUUGUUGCUUCUUCCUUCAGAAGUUUCAGACAUCUCUAUAUAACAAGCUUCUUCCCUCUGAAUCCUUUGCCACAUCCUGUUGUUCACUUUGCAUAGCUUGGUUCGUGUUAUCAAACUCAAAAAUGGCGAGUACUAGUUCCGCAGAAGGUGCAGCCCUGAAUUCCUCUGACAAGGUCAAGCUGAUCACCGUCCUGAGCAUCGAUGGUGGUGGCGUCAGAGGGAUCAUCCCAGCCACCGUCCUCGCUUUCCUUGAAGAGGAACUCAAGAAACUGGAUGGGCCGGAUUCUAGGAUCGCAGACUACUUUGAUGUCGUCGCUGGCACGAGCACCGGUGGCCUCCUGACAACGAUGCUCACAGCACCAAAGAAUGGGCGGCCACUGUUCGAUGCCAAGGAUUUGGCCCAGUUCUACAUCGAUGAGUCGCCCAAAAUCUUCCCACAGAAGAAUGGGUUUUUCUCUAAGAUCGGCACAGCCCUUAAGAUGGUUGGCGCGCCCAAGUACGAUGGCAAGUACCUUCAUUCGCUGCUCCGUAAGUACCUCGGUGAGACGAGGUUGGAUGCAACUCUAACAAAUGUGGUCAUCCCAACCUUUGAUAUCUCAUACCUGCAACCAACGAUUUUCUCGAGCUUUGAGUUGAAGCACCAGCCGGCGAAAAACGCGCUCCUGUCGGACAUAACGAUCAGCACCGCAGCUGCGCCGACAUUCUUCCCGGCACACUACUUUGAGACCAAAGAUGGCAAAGGCGAGACCAGGGCCUUCAACCUCGUCGACGGUGGCCUCGCCGCCAACAACCCUACGCUGUGUGCGAUGAGCCAAGUGUCCCAGAACAUCAUCCUUGGGAACGGAGACUUCUUCCCGCAGAAGCCGGUAGACUACGGCAAGUUCAUGGUCAUCUCCUUGGGCUGUGGGUUGAACCCGAAAGAGAAGUACAGCGCUAAGGAUGCUGCCAAGUGGGGCCUCUUGAACUGGAUCAUCAAGGACGGCACCGUCCCCAUCGUCGACAUGUUCAACGCAGCCAGCGCCGACAUGGUCGACAUCCACCUCUCCGUUCUCUUCGGCGCCCUGCGCUCCUCCCAUCACUACCUGCGCAUCCAGUAUGAUCAAUUGAGCGGAAGCGCGGGAUCGAUCGACGACUGCUCGAAAGAAAACAUGGAUAGGCUGGUGGAGAUCGGGGAGGAGCUUCUCAGGAAGAACGUGUCCCGGGUGGACCUGGAGACCGGCCGGAACGUGGAGAUGCCCGGCGAGGGCACCAACGCCCAGCAGCUCACCAAGUUCGCAAAGCUGCUCUCCGACGAGCGACGCCGGCGCAAGGAAAUGCCCCAGAUCAACUAGCAAGCGAUUUGGUCGCCUCUAUUGUGUGUGUUGAAUUUUUGUUCGUUUGGUUUUCCAUUCGAUUCUGUCCUUCAUGAUCUUACUUUGCUGUAAUUAAUAAACCAAUAAUGCUUGUGCAAGAUGCUGAAUAACUGUUCUGCUUGUCA